UCUGAUAUUUCCUAUGGCGCGCGGGUCCCGGCCGGCGCUAUAAAUUACCUAGCGAGCUCAGACAUUCGAUUCGACCAAAGAAAGCAGGGCAACGCAACGCAGCCACAUCACCACCGCCGCGCACAGAGCUUCCUAGCUUUCGAUCUCGAGGUGGACGUUCAUGGAGACGAUGGUGGCGAAUGGCGGCGGGGAGGGUCGGGCGGCGGCGAGGUACGGGGACAGGGAGCAGCAGGGCGCGGGAUGCGGGGGUGCGCGCCGCUUCCAGAUGCCGCUGCACUACCCGAGGUACACCAGGGAGAACUACGAGGCCAUGCCCGAGUGGCAGCUCGACCGCCUCCUCUCUGACUACGGCCUCCCCGUCCACGGCAGCGUCCACCACAAGCGCAGCUUCGCCAUGGGCGCCUUCCUCUGGGGCGCUGGCAACUGAUCUGCCUGUCGGCCGUGCGCCUAAUCUUCUCCCUCGACCAUGGAGCAGCUCAUGACUCACGUACGGUCGGUGGGCCGAGAGAUGAUGUGCGUGCUACUGUAUUAUCCGUAUAUGCAAAGAUCGAUUAGCUAGCUAGCUACGAUGUUUUUUUUUUCGAUAUCGUUUCCAUUUGCGUGCUAUGACAUGGCCUACGUACAUGUCUGUAUGAUAAUUUGGACGCGUUGAUCUUUUGAAUUUCAAGUACUACUAGCUAGCUAAUUAUGACUGAUGUGUGGAACUGGAUUGAGUAUGUCUUAAUGUAUAGUUAAUUUAUGCCCUACGUGUAUAAUAUUGCUCUGUGUAUAGUUAGUUGUGUUUGAAAGUGCAGCAUAA